AAAAGGAUGAUUGAACCUUCUCGGUUCUUGAUCCGGAACUAGUUAUCCUGAAACCCCGGAAGAGGUAGUUCGCGCGCGCAAAGUGUGUUAGCUCCGCAGAAUUGAACAACAAGAAGGCGCGUGUGUGAAGGAGAGUAUUUUAGUAUGUGUGCUGCCAAAGUGACCACAGAAGUUAGUCACUUUAAACACCGGAUGUUCUCUAAAUCUUUGGUUAUGGAAUACUUGGCUCAUCCUGGUAUACUAAGCCUGGCUGCUGGAGUUGCUUGUGGCAUCUGCCUUGGCUGGGGCCUCCGAGUACGCUUUGGGAUGCUCUCUGAAAACUCAACGAGUCAGACACAUACAGAUACCGGAACUGAAGCAAGCAUCUUGGGAGAGACUGGGGAAUACAAAAUGAUUCUUGUGGUUCGAAAUGAUUUAAAGAUGGGAAAAGGAAAAGUUGCUGCCCAAUGCUCUCACGCUGCUGUUUCUGCCUACAAGCAAAUUCAAAGGAGAAACCCUGAGAUGCUCAAAGAGUGGGAAUACUGUGGCCAGCCCAAAGUGGUGGUCAAAGCCCCUGAUGAAAAAACCCUGAUUGAAUUAUUGACCCAUGCAAAAAUGCUAGGACUGACUGUAAGUUUAAUCCAAGAUGCUGGACGUACUCAGAUUGAACCAGGUUCCCGAACUGUCCUGGGGAUUGGGCCAGGACCAGCAGACUUAAUUGACAAAGUUACUGGUCACCUUAAACUUUACUAGAUGGGCUUUUGCAUGAUGAUGCUCCUAUCAAGAGUUUUAGAAGCCUGUCAAAUUCUAAAAUUAAAAGCUCAAUUUCUUUCCCCAAUUUAAAUAUUGAGAUGAAAAUAAAUAAAAUUUGUUCUUGUGUUUUUCUGCUAA